CUCACUUCAGUCUCUCUCGGUCCAUCCAUGCUAGCCGAGAAAGGUGAGCCAGUCAAGUCGACGUGUCUUAUGAAAUGCCAUCUUUGGUUUGGUCCCUCACAUUUGCUCUCGAUUUGAAGACUCUGCUCGUCUGCACCUUAUUUCACCUCUCUCUCUCUCUCUCUCUCUCUCUCUCUCUGCAGCUCCAAAAGUGAGUCUUCAUGUGAGGGAAGAAGAUAUAGUUGGGUGGCUUAGCUUAGCUCUUUAGCAUUUGCAUUUCUUGGCUUCACAAGAAUACAACUUUAGCAUCCCCCUUUGGUCUUUGGAUACCCCCCCGAAAUUCCCCAAGGAAUCUCUCCACCAAACACACACAUACACUCCCUCCUUUUUUUCUAUUUUUUUUCUUCACCCGUUUUCCUAUCAGAUGCAUUUUGUGCCCUCUUAGGUUGCUAGAAGUUGGAGGAAGAAGAAGAAGAACAAGAGGAAGUUCCAAACUUUGAGCUGUGUGUACUGUGCUAAUGGGAUGGCAGCACUGAUGAACAUCGCGUUUUCUCAGAGUAGUUCAAGCUUUUAGAUCAGUUGUGGGAACUCGGCGACAUCACAGAGAGAGACAGAGAGAUGCCGACGGUGUGGUUUGCCCUUAAGAGGUCACUGCACUGCAAGUCGGAGCCGUCGGACGUCUACGACCCGAAGACGAGGAGGCAGCUAGCGGCGAUCUCGACGUCGAGGAAGUCAUCGACAAGGUCGGGCUGCUCGAGGUCCAUCGCCAACCUCAAGGAUGUGAUCCACGGGAGCAAGCGUCACAUCGAGAAGCCACCGUCCUGCAGCCCCAGGUCGAUCGGGAGCAGUGAGUUCCUCAACCCGAUAACCCACGAGGUGAUCCUCGGGGGGAACUCGAGGUGCGAGCUAAAGAUCACGUCCUUCAACGGCGCCGGGCAGCAGGACAGCGGGACUGCCCUGAGCCUGGCCCCCGGGACCCCCAUGCACUGCUUCAACAACCCUUCAUUCAGGGUCUCCACCGCUACCAAUGGCAGCACUCCUCCUAGGAAGUCUCCUGCUUUCGGGCUGUUCGACCGGGAAGGGCAUAACAGUAACUCCUCAUCGGUGUUAGGGUCCUGGGGGCUCGGCAGCCUGCGGGGCAGCCAGGGCAGGGGGUCUCUUGACGGAGACUGUCACGGCAAUGGGGUCUCCGUUACCUGCCACAAGUGUGGAGAGCAGUUCAGCAAAUGGGAGGCUGCUGAGGCUCAUCAUCUCUCAAAGCAUGCUGUAACCGAACUAGUCGAAGGAGACUCGUCCCGGAAGAUAGUCGAAAUAAUAUGUCGAACCGGAUGGUUAAAGUCUGAGCCCAACUCGGCCCGGAUCGACCGAGUCCUCAAGGUCCACAACAUGCAGAAGACCCUGGCCCGGUUCGAGGAAUACCGGGAGACGGUCAAGAUAAAAGCCAGCAAGCUCCCCAAGAAGCACCCAAGGUGCCUGGCGGACGGGAACGAGCUGCUGCGGUUCUACGGGACGACCCUUUCAUGCACGCUCGGCCUCAACGGGUCGUCGAGCCUGUGCAGUUUGGACAAGUGCUAUGUGUGCCGGAUCAUAAGGAACGGGUUCUCAGCCAAGAAGGAGCUGAAGGACGGGAUCGGGGUGUUCACGACUUCAACGAGCGGGCGGGCCUUCGAGUCGAUCGAGGCCGCUGCAGAGGAGGGGGAGGAGGGGCAGCAGCAGGCGAGGAAGGCCCUGAUUGUGUGCAGGGUAAUAGCAGGUAGGGUCCACAGGCCUCUGGAGAACAUCCAUGAGAUCAAUGGGCAGACUGGGUUUGAUUCAUUAGCUGGGAAAGUUGGGCUCUACUCUCACAUUGAAGAGCUCUACCUGCUCAAUCCUAGAGCUCUCCUGCCUUGCUUUGUGGUUAUCUGCAAGUGAAGUCCAAAAUUCUUAACUCGAUGUCGUAUCCCGGUCAGUCAAGAACCUCCUCACUUCCUCUUCAAAUCUUUUGUGGUUCGUCUCGAAUUUACGGUCUAUCAGGUGGUUUUAGGUUGUCCAUGCCAUGCUUGGAUUUGAAUUUCACGAUAGAAUGUUAGUAAAUGUGCCCAUCAAGAGAAAUGGCCCUUUCCUCUGCAGACUCUGCAGAAACAAACACAGCUAUGGUGUAGUAAUAUCAGCCCAUCUGACAAGUUAAUUCAGGGUUCAGAAGCAAGCAAGUACAAAAUUUUUGCUGUCACACAUUCAAAAUUGCAAUCUAGCUUCAAUUAUUUCUUUUUUUUCCCCUUCCU